AUGGACCCCUGUAAGAAGAAACCGUCUUUGCCCCGCUUGGCCACCAACAUUCCACUUUUGCAGAAACCACCCAAUGAAUCGUGCAAUGCUGUACCAAAGACCAUCCCAGAUGCCAGCGUACCCCCGAUCGUCAUGCCCGAGAGGCCGUCGAGAACUUCGUCGAUGUUCAAGGAGGACAAGCACGAUGAGAACAUCGUGCCUGCGACACGAUUCGCGUCAGAAAGCAUGCCUAUCUAUGUUUCUCAGAAGAGUGUUGAUGAUUCGCCGUUAACAAAGGUGAAGAAGUUGUACUACGAAGACGCAUUUACGACCCGUGGAUCACACAACUCCCCCAAGGACCGUGUUACUCAUGAAUCUGUUGUUGUAGUUGAGCUCAAAACCAACACAAAGGCAAAGGAUGAUGCACCCAAGUUACUGUCGGAUUUCGCCCACUUCCUUGCCCAGGUGUACCAACGCCCGGAGACAUCAAUGCUAGUCACCAUAGACCAGAACGCUGACUUGAUUUUCGGAAAUACCUCCGGCUCAGCGUACCUGUUGAAAAUCACCGCUCUCCCGAGUCUGAUGGGACCGCUCACCAAUAUCCGCAACACGGGCCUAAUCCAAUCAACCAUCCAAGAGAUGUUUGGAAUUUUGCCCGACAAAGGAGUGGUGAUAUACAAUCCAGCGAGCGAAGACAAUCUUGCAACCAAUGGGACGACCGCCAGGAGUGAGAUCGAUCGCCUCGAACGAAUGGAUUCCGGCAAUAGCCCCUCGAUCUUCAAGUCUAUUUCGCGAUCCAUGAGUCGUCGCAUGAAAUCGAGCAGCGGAAACAGUGUUCCGAUUUCCCUCACUUCAAUCAUGAAUCCUGAGGUCACAGCCCCUACUUCAGCCUCCCCCGUCACUCCAGGUCAGGUCCCUCCGCUGAGGCCACAUGAAGCAGAUACCAAAAAACCGAUAGAGUCACCAAAGGGUGAAUCAGUGCAGCAGACUUUACCGAAGGACGAAAAACCUGAACGAACCUUAAAGAAGAGAGAGAGCUUGAAGAGUUUUGUUAACCGUCGUCUGGGCGAAUUAGGCGAGCUGACCACAAUGAAACCAUUCACAGCCGCAAAGGGAAAGAAGGAUUGA